GUCCGAAUCUUCUGUCUCUGUGUAGGUAGGCCUGUGCCGCAAACAUGCUCCGCCAGACCCUCGGGCAAGCCAAGAAGCAUCCCAGCUUGAUUCCUCUCCUCCUCUUGUUUAUUGGAGCAGGGGGCACUGGAGCAGCGCUGUGUGUGAUGCGCUUGGCAUUGUUCAAUCCAGAUGUCAGCUGGGACAGGAAGAAUAACCCUGAGCCUUGGAACAAACUGGGUCCCAAUGAACAAUAUAAGCUCUACUCAGUGAAUGUGGACUACAGCAAACUGAAGAAAGAAGGCCCAGACUUCUAAACUAUGACGUUCACUGUAAAUCUGCUGA